AAGGCCCGGGCCGAGCUGGGCAGCGGCAGCAGCUCGGGCUCCGCAGCCCCCGCCGCGACCACCUGCAGGGGCCGAAGGCGCCACUGCUGCAGCAGCGCCGAGGCGGAAACCCAGACCAGCUACACCAGCGUGAAGCAGGUAUCUUCUGCAGAGGUACGCAUCGGACCCAUGAGACUGACACAGGACCCGAUCCAGGUUUUGCUAGUCUUUGCCAAGGAAGAUAGUCAGAGUGAUGGCUUCUGGUGGGCCUGCGACAGAGCCGGAUACAGAUGCAACAUUGCUCGGACUCCAGAGUCAGCUCUUGAAUGCUUUCUGGAUAAACACCAUGAAAUUAUUGUGAUUGAUCACAGGAAAACUCGUUACUUUGAUGCGGAAGCAGUGUGCAGGUCGAUCCGGGCCACAAACCCCUCGGAGCACACAGUGAUCCUGGCAGUGGUUUCCCACAUAUCUGAUGACUGUGAAGAGGCCUCAGUCCUUCCUCUCCUCCAUGCAGGCUUCAACCGGAGAUUUAUGGAGAAUAGCAGCAUAAUUGCUUGCUAUAAUGAACUGAUUCAAAUAGAACACGGGGAAGUUCGCUCACAGUUCAAAUUACGGGCCUGUAAUUCAGUGUUUACGGCAUUAGACCACUGUCACGAAGCCAUAGAAAUAACAAGCGAUGACCACGUGAUUCAGUACGUCAACCCAGCCUUCGAGCGGAUGAUGGGCUACCACAAAGGGGAGCUACUGGGCAAAGAACUUGCUGACCUGCCCAAGAGUGACAAGAACCGGGCUGACCUUCUGGACACCAUUAAUACCUGCAUCAAGAAGGGAAAGAUCCACAGGAUUCAUCGUGAUUCCGGAGACAACUCCCAGACAGAGCCUCAUUCAUUCAGAUACAAGAGCCGAAGGAAAGAGUCCAUUGACGUCAAGUCCAUAUCAUCUCGAAGCAGUGAUGCACCAAGCCUACAGAACCGCCGCUAUCCCUCGAUGGCAAGGAUCCACUCCAUGACCAUCGAAGCCCCCAUCACGAAGGUUAUAAAUAUAAUCAAUGCAGCCCAAGAAAACAGCCCAGUCACAGUGGCAGAAGCCUUAGACAGGGUUCUAGAAAUUUUACGGACCACAGAACUGUACUCCCCGCAGCUGGGUACCAAAGAUGAAGAUCCACACACCAGUGACCUCGUGGGAGGCCUGAUGACGGAUGGCUUGAGAAGGUUGUCAGGAAAUGAGUAUGUGUUUACAAAGAAUGUGCAUCAGAGUCACAGUCACCUUGCGAUGCCAGUAACCAUCAAUGACGUUCCACCUUCUAUUGCCCAGUUACUUGAUAAUGAGGAAAGCUGGGAUUUCAACAUCUUUGAACUGGAAGCAGUUACACAUAAAAGGCCAUUAGUUUACCUGGGUUUAAAGGUCUUCUCCCGGUUUGGAGUAUGCGAAUUUCUAAACUGUACUGAAACUACUCUUCGGGCCUGGCUACAAGUGAUUGAAGCCAACUACCAUUCCUCCAAUGCCUACCAUAACUCCACGCAUGCCGCAGACGUCCUGCACGCCACCGCCUUCUUCCUUGGGAAGGAAAGAGUGAAGGGAAGCCUCGACCAGCUGGAUGAGGUAGCAGCCCUGAUUGCUGCCACAGUCCAUGACGUAGAUCACCCAGGAAGGACCAACUCCUUCCUGUGCAAUGCCGGCAGUGAGCUUGCUGUGCUCUACAAUGACACUGCAGUCUUGGAGAGUCACCACACAGCCUUGGCCUUCCAGCUCACAGUCAAGGACACCAAGUGCAACAUUUUCAAGAAUAUUGACAGGAACCAUUAUCGAACACUGCGCCAGGCUAUUAUUGACAUGGUUUUGGCAACGGAGAUGACAAAACACUUUGAACAUGUGAACAAGUUUGUGAACAGCAUCAACAAGCCAAUGGCAGCUGAGAUUGAGGGCAGUGACUGCGAAUGCAAUCCUACUGGGAAGAACUUCCCUGAAAACCAAAUCUUGAUCAAGCGCAUGAUGAUUAAGUGUGCAGAUGUGGCUAACCCAUGCCGACCCUUGGACCUGUGCAUUGAAUGGGCUGGGAGGAUCUCCGAGGAGUAUUUUGCACAGACUGACGAAGAAAAGCGACAGGGGCUACCUGUGGUCAUGCCGGUGUUCGAUCGCAAUACUUGCAGCAUCCCCAAGUCCCAGAUCUCCUUCAUCGACUACUUCAUAACAGACAUGUUCGAUGCUUGGGAUGCCUUUGCACAUCUGCCAGCCCUGAUGCAGCACUUGGCUGAUAACUACAAACACUGGAAGACAUUAGAUGAUCUCAAGUGCAAAAGUCUGAGGCUUCCAUCUGACCCCUAAAGCUGAGCAGGAGGAGACUGACCUCUUCAAAGGACACUGUGACUCAGUAGUGUAAACAAAAGGCUCUCCUUCAUAUAAAAAUGACAGGUGCAGGUUAAGGAGCUAAUGUUUAAUAUUUGACCCUAAGUCGUGCAAGUCUCCAAAUUUCAUUUUUUAAAAGUUACGUUCCAUAAAGGAAAAUGUAUGUUCUUUUGAAUGAUCACUUAGUGCCAGAAGGAAUAUUCGGCAGCCUCCUAUGCUGGGCUGUCAUCCCGUGGACCCUCGUACAAUCAUGGAGCUGAUUCACUGUAAUUUAACAGAACACAAAUAGGGAAGACCUGGUACCUGUGAGCCUGGCCUCUGGGAUGGGGUCCAAGUAGCUUAGCCAGUGUUCUACUUAUCUUUUCCAUUAAAUCACCAACACUGUAUACUUGACCACUGUCCUCAACAGCAUUAGUCUGAAGGAUUCUUAAGAAGCAUAUCUGAACAGAUAUAUCUAAGGGGGAAAAAAGCUACCUAAAAUGAGCAGAACAACUAGGACCAAAUUACUGAUGGAGUGAUUAGUUAAGUGGUUCUCUUGGUUGGUGGUGUGACUGUCAAGUUAGAAUGAGCCUUGGCCUGGUGAGUGCUCCCUCUGGAAGGGUGACAGCAGCUUGGAAGCCCUCCCUCCUCUAGAAGUAGUUCACCCAAGAGAAAGCCAUCUGGGAUGCAGGAGGAGUGGCUUCUUGCUAGGAGGAAAUCCACGAGCUUCCCUUAUUUUGGGUUCACAGAGGUAGCCACAAGGCACUAUCCUAAAUAUUAUAUAAAAGCCAUUUAAUCUGAAUGCCCUUGGAAAAGCUUUUUUAAGGAAAAAAAUUUAUAUACAUUUGCUGUUAACAUUUUUAUUAAAACAACCUAAAUUUUCUGGGUCUAGGCCCAUGGCGUUUGCUGCGCCAGCACCACCUAUAUGUCUAUAUUUGGGACGGGAUGGGGAUGUUUCAAGGUUCAGAUAUUUUUAACUUAUCUAUAUUUGAGAUCAUGUCAUUUGCUUUAAUGAUGUAAAGUUAUUGCAAGAUGUGUAAAUAUAUUAGAAAGUUGGCGUAAGGAGAGGCAGCAAAUAAUAUUUUAAGCUAUUAAUUGUAUGCUAAAAGCUUCUAAAGCACAAGUGCAUAUUUUUAUACAGCUCUUUUCACAACUUCCUGUGAUCUACAUAAAGUCAAACUUAAUGUUUCCCGUUCAUCAGCCAGCCCUUCUUGGUGUUAUGGAUAUUAGAAACUCAGUAAACCGAGUAUGUUAGUUUUACUUUUUCUGUACUCCAUGUUGCAUCUUUAAGAGGUAUAUAUACAGAUGAUUUUAAUUGAAUAAGUAGUUGCUUUUUCCAAAAGAAAAACGUAUUUCAGAAAUGAGACAUGGGAAGAAAAAAACUGACAUCACUACAUAAUGUGCCAAUUUUUUUCUAUGUUUUGUACCCAAAAUGGAAACAUAUAUGACAACUCCAUGCAAAGAAAUGUAUUUAAAUUAUUUUUGUUAGAUGAUAAGAGAACUUGUUCGGGCAGGGCAGCAGCCCGCUUCGUAUUGUGAUGCUCUUAUGUAAAUGUGAUUUCAUGUUUUUGUGAAGUACUUGUGACUAAAUUCCUACAGCCAUUUUCCAUUCCCAACAGCUGUUUUCAUUUUACCU